UGCUUCUCUCUGUAUGUGGCACUCGUUUUUCAAGUUCCCCCACCAAGUUUGCUUUAUGAAUCUGACCAUUAGAUUAAAGCCACAUGGCAAAUCUUUAGCCACUUAUCAUGUCCGAAUUCUGAUUUUGCCCGUCGAGCUAUUUUGGCAACCAAAUUACAACAGGCCCCAAAACCAUGGUUUUCUAAUCUCUAGGUGUUAUUACCGUUGGUGUUAAUGCCUUUGCACACUUUUUGUUGCAUCUUUUUCUCUCUGUUUCAAAUCACACCCUCCUUUUCUUUAUUAAUCAUACGAACAGUCGAAAACAAAAACGAUUCAUGUUGGUUUCGGCAUUUGAGAGAGAACCAUUGGCAAAAGAGAUCAUCUUGAUCAAAACGAUCCAAUUUUUACGAGAAGAUUCAAGGGAAGGGCAAGACGAGGAUCAUCCUACACACGAUUGUGAAGAUUGAUUGAGGAUUGGAUCAAUCAGCUUCAUUAAUUUUACAUCUUUUGGCUUUGGUAAAUCUUGAGACUUUGUGCUCAAUCGCCAUUGCGAUGUCCCUUUUAUCCAGAUUACGAUGCAUCACCGUCGAUGUGACCGGGACUCUCAUAGCAUACAAAGGGGAGCUCGGUGACUACUACUGCAUGGCAGCUAAAUCUGUUGGACUGCCAUGCCCGGACUAUAAACGUGUGCAUGAAGGUUUCAAGUUUGCAUACACAGAGAUGACGAACAAGUAUCCUUGUUUCGGAUUUGCUGCGAAAAUGCCCAACAUUGAAUGGUGGAAAAUCUGUGUUAGGGAUUCAUUUGUCAAGGCAGGGUACGAGUACGACGAGGAGACAUUUGAGAAGAUAUUUAAACGUAUAUAUGCUUCGUUCGGCUCGUCUGCACCGUAUAUGGUGUUUCUGGACUCCCAACCCUUUUUAAGAUGGGCUCAUGAGAAAGGUCUUAAGGUAGGGAUCAUAAGCAAUGCAGAAUAUCGAUACCAAGAUGUCAUACUGCCGGCAUUGGGCUUGAACCAGGGAUCAGAGUGGGACUUCGGUGUGUUCUCCGGUCUCGAAGGUGUAGAGAAACCGGACCGACGGAUUUACGAGAUUGCACUCGAAAGGGCUGGAAAUAUUGCACCAGAAGAGACUCUGCACAUUGGUGACAGCAUGCGCAAAGACUAUGUGCCGGCAAGGAGUCUGGGGAUGAAUGCCAUGUUGUUGGAUCGAUUCAGUACACCCGAAGCCGAGGAGUGGAGAAAAUUGGGCGCUAUCGUUCUUCCCGACUUGACGGCAGUGCAGGAAUUCCUUACAUCGGAGAAUUUGACAUUAGCUUUCUAAGGAAAUGCUGCUGCUGAUGUCUCUAAUCUGAUGAAGCUGGAGCAUUUUUUUUUUCGAGAUCGAGUCAAGGCUACCCUCAUGAACUUUACAUUUUGCAUCUAGUGGUUAGAAAGUGAGGUUGUCUUCCUGCUAGAUUUGCAAUUAUACUGCUAUGAACUUAUAAUCAAUCUUGUGCUUGGAUAUAUAUAUAUAUAUAUAUAUAUAUGUGUGUGUGUGUGUGUUGUUUUGACCUUUUAGGAAGACAUGGAAGCCAAUAGGGGACUUGCUUGCUGCAGAACAAGAAGCUCAGCACAUUGUGAAUUCUGCAAGAAAUGCCAAGAUGGCUAGGCUGAAACAAGCCAACCAACUGAGCAAGAGGCUGAAAAGGAGAUAGCCGAAUGACGAGCUCAAGAGGAAACUUGACGAGGUAAAUACCUUUUGAUGUUCAACUAGACAUAGCAUCUGACCCUUCUUCUUGUAGCUUGUAAAGUGUCUGUUUACCGCUCGAGAUCGUUAACGACGACCGGAAGCUUUCUCGCCUUGCAUAGUUCCUUUAAAGUCUCCGGAAGAUCCUCUUACCCAAGUAAACUUUUAACCUUCCGGAGCACCUAUCCUCUACA